AGUUCCGACUGCCUCACUUUUGCCAGUGAUAAUGUAGCACCGCUUCACCGGCUGGCUUUUUGUUGUAACGUGUAACACUAACAGAGUGAAAGGCGUUGCAACGAAUCUAACCUAACUAAAAUUAAAAAGCUAUCAAGCAGCUUCACGACACCGGCUAUACAAUUUAAAACAUGGCUGUCAACACAGGCACCUCCCUCGUGCUCUCCAGCUUAUUGUCAGUACUGGUGUUUGCGGGCAUGCAGAUGUUCAGUCGACAGCUGGGUUCCUCUGAGUGGUUGACCAUCCUGGGCGGGUUCCUGGGCUCUGUCCUGUUCAUCUGUUCCCUGACUGCCUUCAACAAUCUGGAGAACCUUAUUUUUGGGAAGGGGUUCCAGGCCAAGAUUUUCCCAGAAAUCGCGCUGUGCCUGUGCAUUUCUCUCUUUGCCUCUGGGCUGGUGCAUCGCGUGUGUGUCACGACCUGCUUGAUUUUCUCUCUCUUCGCACUGUACUACAUAAAUAAAGUCUCCGCUGCUCUUUAUCAAGCUUCGGUUCCCGCAACAACUCCAGCCAAAACUGCCAGCAAGGGGAAGAGGAAGAAUUAAGAGCAACCAGCCAAUCUAGUCUCCAUAGCUGUCAUCCUCAUCCAAUCACAGUAAAUACAGCCAAGUGGAGCAUUCACAAUGACUUUUCUUGAUUUUCUUCUCUUUUUUUUUAAAACAUUCCACAAAUCACCUGUUUGUCCACUCCCUAUGUCUAACCCCUCUGAUACCCUUCUAGUCCUUUACACACAGUCCCUUCAUCAGAAAGCGAUUUGUCCAUGAAAAUGUGAUUAAAUGGGUUUGAUAUAAAAA